AUGGAAACUGCAAACCGCACGAACGCAGGCGAGUUUUCUAGGUAUCCCAGUGCCCGGAAUGGUUCAGACAGAGAUCACAAGAAAGAGACGAAGAAGAAAAGGUUUGGCCGGAUCCGGGGGUUGACGGGGGCAACUGUCCGAGGAGUAGAAGUGACGGUCUGCAGGUUGACGGGGUUCAGAGCUCUCACUGAGUCAACAGAAGGGAAGAGGUCCGCAGCGUGGGGCGGAAAACUCACACACGGCGCUGCUUUCUACAGACGACAGGAAGCUAGUCGUGUUAAAAUAUGUGUCAUGUCUAAGGAGAUAAGGCUGGAAACUAUCAAGACCUACAGACAGAAGUUCCGGACGGUGACGAUUCCUGCUGGAGAGAACCCUGCGGAGACGUACCACCGCCUCAAGGGGCUCUACCGCCGAUGGAUCCGCCCGGAGCAGCACACGAAGGAGCAGAUCGGAGAGCAGAUCAUCCUGGAGCAGCUUCUGCGUGUUUUCCCUGCAGAUAUCCGCACCUGGGUGAAGGAGCACGAGCCGACAGAGGGCCUAGCGGCGGCUAAACUAGCGCAGCAGUACCUCAACGCUCGGAGAGGAGGCCCGGCGCCUUACCAAGGUGGUCCCGGACGUCAGACUCCAGCACAGACCAGCUCUGCCAGAGUCCACACACAGCAGUCUCCAGACUCCAACCAUGCAGCCAGCCAGCGCGGUCCCGGAGCGGUCCUGGCUCAAGGGGACCCUGGAGAAGAACGUCCUGUACGGUACCUGAGCCGGAAGCUGCUGCCGCGAGAGACCAGGUACUCUACCGUGGAGAAGGAGGGCCUGGCCAUCAAGUGGGCUCUGGAGAGCCUGCAGUACUACCUGCUGGGAAGAGAGUUCGACCUCGAGACGGACCACCGGGCGCUGACUUGGAUGAAUUCCAUGAAGGACCAUAACAGUCGUCUCACCCGCUGGUACCUCUCCCUCCAGCCGUUCCAGUUCCAGAUCCGCCAUCGAGCUGGGAAGACCAAUGUCGUGGCAGACUACCUGUCCAGGUUGCCGCACAUCGUCAACCUCGAGGAGGAGGGGGAUAAUGUGACGGAGCGCCAGUGA